AUGAUCCCGCAGUUCUGGGCCUCCUGUCUUUUCCUGCUGUUCCUGGUAAGCUUUGCUCAGGAAAACCCGGAGCCGCAAAAGAUGAAGUUGGAUUGCAACAAAGGGGUGUCAGGUACCAUCUAUGAAUAUGGAGCCCGCACCCUCAAUGGUGAAGAAGACAUCCAGUUCAAGCAGUAUGCCGGGAAGUACGUGCUCUUUGUCAACGUGGCCACCUACUGCGCCAACACAGCUCAGUAUCCUGAACUGAAUAGACUACAGGAGGACCUGAAGAAUCUUAGUGUCAUUGUGCUGGGCUUUCCUUGCAACCAGUUUGGAAAACAAGAACCAGGAAGGAACUCAGAGAUCCUUUCUGGACUCAAGUACGUGCGUCCAGGUGGUAACUUUGUCCCCAAUUUCCAGCUCUUUGAGAAAGGGGAUGUGAAUGGAGAAAAUGAACAGAAGGUCUUUACGUUCCUGAAGAACUCUUGCCCUCCAACGUCUGAACUUCUGGGCUCCCCACGCCACCUCUUCUGGGAUCCCCUGAAGAUCCAUGACAUCCGCUGGAACUUCGAGAAGUUCCUUGUGGGCACUGAUGGAAUCCCUGUCAUGCGCUGGUUCCAUGCGGCUCCCGUCAGCACUGUCAAAGAAGACAUCCUCAAAUAUGUAGAGCAGUUCAACACCCAGUAG